AACAUAAACAAUCAUGGUUUUUUUUACAAUGCAUCAAUGGUAAAUAGAAAAAAAAAAUUGGGUAUAGUAAGAAAUAAAGUCACACUUUCUUAUGGUAAUAAACGUAUGAAUAAUUAAAUCAAUUAACCUAAGGUUGGAAUUUGUAACAAACUUGAGCACCUUAUUAAUGUAAUACAUAAUUAUUUUCUAUUAUAGAGACUGCUCAGUUGUACUACUAGAACUCCCUCUGGUGGUGACUUCUCCAAGUUCGUUUAUGAUACAAUUAUAUGGAAAUAAAUAAUAAUAAUAUGCACAAUUGAUAAUAAACAUUAUUUUGUUUUUAAAUUUAAAUACAAAUGUCAAUAAUUUUAUUUAGAAAAUCGCAUAAUACAUAAGUUCUAAGUCCGUUGACUCAUUGUUUAAUUGUUACAAUGAGUAAUCGAAUAUGUUGUGUCGUGAACUGUCAUAAUACUUAUAAAAAUACAAAAGGCAAAGGUGUGGUCUUUUAUACUUUCCCAAAUAAAAAACAUGAACUACACAUUAAAAAACUUUGGAUUCAAGCUAUUAAACGUGUUAAUGAAAAUGGUGAUUUAUGGGAACCAAUUCGAAGCAGUCUAAUUUGUAGUUCUCAUUUUGUUGAGAAUAAGUGCUCAAAAGACCCAAAGAGUCCUUCUUUUUUUCCAACAAUAUUCCCAGAAAUAUACAAAAAAAAAUCAUCAAACAAUCAUCAACAAGCAGCUAGGUAUAAACGACAUUGUAACCGCCAAGAAAAUAAUGAUACUAUUGACACAAUUGUUACUAAUAAUAUUGUCACUAUUGAACCUUACAUAAGUAAUGAUAAUAUAAAAUCUGUUCAUAAUGUUAGCACUCAAACAGCUUUUGUAGUUGAUGACAUAGAUUUAUCCAUUUUUGAUUGUUGUUUCAUUGAUAGCAAUAAUGUUAAGACACAAGUUUCCAUACCAAAUUCAUUUAAUUCUUAUACUUUUGGUAAGCCUACAACUAGAGAUCAGUCUUGUGGUCUGGACACUCCAGAGCAAUUAAUACUUAAAUCAUUUCGUGGCUAUGAAUCUGUUAUGAAUGAAUCACAACUAAAGGGCUUAACUGGGACAUCAUUUCAAGUUUUUCAAUUAUUACUGAAAUUCAUUCCAGAAUCAUCACAUAGCACUGUAACAAGAGAAAAUAGACUAUUUAUCUUUUUAAUGAAAAUUAAACUUGGUAUAUCAUAUUCAGCUAUAAGUACAUUUUUUAACAUAAGUCGUUCAACAGUUACUAGAAUAUUUAAUGAUUGUUUACAUUCUUUGUCAAUUAAAACUAAAAACUUUAUUUUUUGGCCAGAUAAAAAUACUAUUUCAGCAACAUUGCCUGAAUCAUUUAAAAUAAAUUAUCCUAAUUGCCGAUGUAUUAUCGAUUGUACAGAAAUAAAAACUGAACAACCUAAUACAGUAGAACAAAGGGUAUAUAUGUACUCUGGGUACAAAAGUUGUUAUACUAUUAAAAUUUUAGUGGCAAUAACACCGAAUGGCAUGAUAAGUUUUGUAUCUAAAUGCUAUGGAGGAAGGACUAGUGAUUCGUUUAUUACAAACGAUAGUGGUUUCCUUUCAAAAUUAGAAUUGGGAGAUGUUGUAUUAGCAGACAAAGGAUUUCCUGGCAUUAAAGCUUCUUGUGAAAACUCUAACUGUAUUUUAGUAAUGCCUCCAAUUUUGCACCAUGGUAGAUUCACUGAAGAUGAAGUUAUGGAAACCCAUACCGUAGCUAGUGUGCGUAUUCGUAUUGAGAGAGUGUUUUCUAGAGUUAAAACACAUGGUAUACUAAAUAAAAUAUCCAUGGAUUUAAUGCCAGUUAUUGAUGAAAUUAUUCAUAUUUGUUGUGUAUUAACUAAUCUCCAAUUGCCAAUAUUAAAGAAAUAAUUUUAAGUUAUCUUAUAAGUACAGUUUUUUUUACAUAUUAUUUAUAACAAAUAUCAAUGUAAUAGCACAGAUUAUAUGUUUGAAUAAUAAAAAAAAAUUAAACCAAUGUAUAAGUAUUCAUUUAAUUUAUUCAGAUUUUGACAGUG